AUGGUUGAUCUCGACUCAACUGGAAUUGGAUUGCCAGAGCAAAAUGUAACGUCGCAGUUGAACCCAUGGUCGCCAGAGUUGCGGAACUCAAUCAUGGCAAAUUUUCAAGAGAUGAAUGUUCAUGAUAUUGCGGAGACUUGCUCGCAGCUGCGAGUCGGAAGCCUCCUGAAAGUGAGUGGAGAAGAAUUCGCUGUGGAUGGACUAUUGGGUGAAGGCGGAUUUGCAAAGAUCUACCGAGCUCGCAAUGAGGAAGGAUUGGCAGUGGCAUUGAAGUACGAAGUUCCAUCGUGUGCCUGGGAAGCGGUCCACAAUCGCAUUUCGACCGAGAUAAGUCCCGCCAUCAUGAAAAUCGACGACAUGUACAUCUUCCGGAACGCAUCUCUGAUUGUCAACGAGUAUCUGUCGAUGGGCAACAUGCUGCAAUGCAUUAACAACGUGCCCGGCGAAGUUUCCUACAGCGUUGUGCUCCAUCUCUUCAUUCAACUCGCACGAAUCUUGAAAGAAGUUUACGCUGCCAGAAUCAUCCAUGGAGAUGUGAAGCCAGACAAUGUGAUGUUCAUUGGAAAAUUGCCCGAAGGGUUGUCUCUACACGCCGACGACUUGCUUUCUUCAGAGCCUAUCAUACGUCUCAUCGAUUGGGGCCGAGCAAUUGAUCUCUCUUCCCUGCCAAAUGGAGCUUCCUUCGGUGGUCGCGCCGGAACACAAUGCUUCGAUUGUCCUGAAAUGCUGAAUGAUCGUCCUUGGACUUAUCAAACGGAUUACUUCUCCUUCGCCGCAUCUCUUCAUGUAGGAAUCUUCAAAACGUACGGAAAGGUUGUCGAGGAUACGAAUGGUUUCAUGUUUGAGAAACCACUUCCAAGAUGCGCCGACCAGAAGCUCCCCAUUCCUUCAUGGGACAACAUUAUCGAGAAGUUGACUACCGCUUUUAAGUUGACUUUCCGACACAAUGGGCUGAAGAAGCAAAACGCUACAAUGCGGCCAUUU